AUGCUAGAAACAUGUUUCUCCUGCAGGUUUCCGCAUGGCAUCGCUCAUCUGGCGCAGUACAUUCACGACCGCGGCCUGAAGCUGGGCAUCUACGGAGACAUGGGCACUCACACCUGCGGCGGAUAUCCAGGAACCACGCUGGACAAGAUCGACACGGACGCGCAGACCUUCGCCGACUGGGGCAUCGACAUGCUGAAGCUGGACGGCUGCUACUCAAACUCAUCCUACCAGGAACAAGGCUACCCAAUGAUGUCAAAGGCCCUGAACGCUACGGGCCGUCCCAUUGGCUACUCCUGCAGUUGGCCCGCCUAUCAGGGUGGCCUCCCGCCGAAAGUGAGUAGAAAGCAGGAAGUGGAAGUGAUGUAG